AUGAAGUUUUCAGUCUUGAUACUCCCCGUCCUGGCAUCAGGCAUCACCGCGCUCUACGUUCCCGACAAGCUGGUGCAAGCGUUCCUCAAGGACUCGUCAGAGGGCAACUGCUGCAACGAGACGCCCUGCUUCAUCGGGUGCCCAGUGGAGGGAGUAUUCCGCCUUUGCUGCUGA